UUUUACACUGAAGUUUCAGCACCUGAACGUUUCUACUUCCGGUUCACUCUUGACUCAACGUCUGUGUACUCAUCCGGGAUUUGCAGUUUUUUCGUGUACUCUUCUCCUAACUAAACGAGCUCGUUUAAAGCGUUCUCAUCGGGUAAUUACCCAAGUAAGAAUUUAGUGCCAAUUUUAAAGCUGAGUGGAAGUCGUUUGGCUUUAUGUUGGAGCUUCCCUUACUUAAACUUAGUUUUGUUUAGCUUAGCUCGCUAGCCAAGACAUUUUGAUUGCUUUGGCUUAACGCUACUUUGUAAAUUUGAUUUUAAGGGGGGAAUCGCUUGGCUUCUCCCCUUUUCUUAAAGAUGUGACAAACUACUACUUACUGAACGCCAACACAAUCCCAAACAUCAAGUGGAGACCUUGAUGAUAAGGAGAUGAAAUACAGGCCACGGCAAGGAACUGAAAAACCAAAGAAAAUGAGGCGUCACGCAGACGUCACCGCAGAAGAUCUCCACCCUGGGAAGCCUGAUCCCCUCCACGUUAAACAGGAGGAGGAGUCGGAGAUGCCGUACAUCAAACAGGAGGGAGCGCCAGAAACUGUCUACAUUAAGGAAGAAGAACAGGAAGAUGAAAUCCCCAAGUCUCCAGUGACUGCCAGUGUGAAGAGUGAAGAAGAUGAAGGUCCGAGCGGAGCAGCAAAACAUUCGAGCGACGGCCAGUUUCAACACCUGACAACAAAAGAAGAGGGACGAUCAGAACCGGACGGUCUGUUUGCUCCGCUUUCAGACAGCGACGAUCCAACAUCACACUCUUCUGACUUUAACACUGAUGAGGAUGAUGUUGACUUUGACCAAAAUGCUUCAAAGUCCUUAAACAAGUCAUCUUUAAAAAAAGACACAAAAGAACGCGUGGUUAGGAAAUCUUUUCGUUGCUUACAUUGCAAUAAAACAUUUUCUUGGAAACAAAGCUUAAAAACACACAUACGUACGCACACUGAGGGGAAGUCUUUUGCCUGCUCCUUUUGUGGGAAAAUAUAUACUCGGAGGUUUGAGCUGACAGUACACACGCGUACACACACUGGAGAAAAGCCUUUUGCCUGCUCAGUUUGCCAUAAAAGAUACUCUCGGAAAGUACUGUUAAACUAUCACACUAAAACACACACUGGAGAAAAGCCUUUUGCCUGCUCAUUUUGUGAUAAAAGAUGCAUCACAAAGGCAAAUUUAAACAUUCACAUAAGAACACACAGCACACAGAAGCCCUUCGCCUGCACAUUUUGCGAUAAAAGAUUUUAUCAGAAGAACCAUUUAGACAAGCAUAUGUGGGCACACAAUGGAGAAAAGCCUUUUGCCUGCACAUCUUGUGACAAACGAUUUGUUGAUAAGGCAAAUUUAAACAGGCACACAAGCAGACACACUGGAGAGAGGCCUUUCGCCUGCACACUUUGCGAUAAAAGAUUUUUUCAGAAAACUGAUUUAAAUAAGCAUCAGCGUACACACACUGGAGAAAAGCCUUUUGCCUGCACAUCUUGUGAUAAACAAUUCGCCGAUAAGGGAAAUUUAAAAAGACACACGAGCAAACACACGGGAGAGAAGCCGUUCGCCUGCACACUUUGUGUUAAAAGAUUUUCUCAGAAGACUCAUUUAGAAAAGCAUAAGCAAACACACACUUGAGAAAAGCUUUUUCCCUGCUUAGUCUGCCAAAAAGGAUUUCCUCGGGAAAUAGAACUAAAUGAUCACACAAGAACACACUCUGGGGAGAAACUUUUCGCCUACACAUUUUGCGAUAAAAGAUUUCCUCAGAAGACAAAUUUGAAAAAAGCGGAAGCGUACACCACAGGUGGGUAGUAACUAGAGGUGCAAUGAUUAGCAUAUCUUUUUCUAGUCACAUCUGUGAUGUGAUUGCUGGCUUUUUUCAACAAUGUUCAUCUAAAAUAAAGACAUUGAUUGUCUAAAAUGGUUCAA